AUGAUGGCUUCUUGCCCUACCGUUUCGGCUGCUAUCACUGGUAGCAAUCCUGAUGUCUUGACUUCCACAUCGGCUAUUUCACCACAGCCAGAGUUCUCACUUCCCGUCGUGCGCAACUGCUUCAUCCUGCGUUUCACGGGUCAAGGGUCACGUCCAAGUAGUAGUUGUGGACAACCAGCGCAAGGCUUUCCUGAGCUGAAGUCGAUCAUCGCCCAACUACUAAGUUUUGGCGACAUGCAGAAGCUGGAACUCCAACAUUGGCGCGAACUUGGUGUUAUCAUCGCAUGUUACUUCGACACUCGCGAUGCAGAGGAGGCGUUUGAUUAUAUGCUGGGGGAAGAGGCCUGGCAGGUCAUCUGGGCUGCUCGAGCGAUGCGGGAAGCCCGAGAGAAGACCCUUACCGGACUAAUGAUCGACGACCCGGGCUCGACCUUUACGGCAUGCAGCAGUUUGGUUGGUCCUGCCGAUUUCGGAAUCUCGAGCCUUGUUAACGUCAACCGAUUAGUAGUCAGUUAUCGAUUCUCCCGCCAAUUCCUUUGUCAAGUGGGCCUCCGUUACAUGUGGCUGGUGACCGUUAAAUUUCCGAAGCACUAA